AGUGUUGGAGGGGGCGGACGUGGUGGGGGUGGUCCGAACACGGCCGGACUUGGCAUAGGAAACAGGAGACUUCCUCCACUCGUGAUUCCUGGAAGUUUAGGAGUUGCCCUCAAUUCAGGUGACGAAAGGAAUCGGAGUCGUCGCCUGCUCAGUCCCUGCAGCGACGGCAAGAGUCCAACACCCACCCCGAGCAGGAUCCCAUCUCCGACGCAUCGCCGCUCGUCGACCAACAGUGUGGGCGGAUACUUCAGCAGUGGGGGUGGUGGUUAUGGUAGUUUGGUCAAGCCGCCAGGGUCAGCCUCCGUCCCCGCGUCCCCAACUUCGUGUUCAACCCCGUCGCGGUAUCAUCGAUCCUGCUGCAUCCCAAACUCGACCAGCCUGCCGUCCGCAUUUCCACACGUGCGACCGUUGGUGGGGGGCAGCAGCACGGGAUCAAUGUCGAGGUCGAGAUCAAGAUCGAGAAGUCCGUAUCGUGGAGCUAACUCGAGGGAUCGGAUGGAUCAAGUCGAGGAAUUUUUGGUGGCUAAUCCCGACUUUUUGGAGUCAUAUGUGACCCGCAACGUGGACCAGGAGACGCUCGAGUGCUGGUUGAUAGAUCGGCAGAAGGUGGCCCACAGCAGGAAAAGUUCUCUUUCCCGGUGGAAAUAUGGAAGUGGUUCGGAUACUCGGAAAAAUAUGUUGCAAGAGCUGGCAAAGUCUUUACAACGAAAUUCUCAAGAAGGCAGUGUUAUGUGGGAGUUGGCGUUGUGCAUCUCAUCUGCCGUCUCAGCGGACAGUUUUACCCUCUAUUUAUGCAACAGGAAUACGGACGAGUUGCAGCGAUACGUGGCAAACAACAAUACCAACAACAGCAACAGUUCGUCGACGGAGAAGAUUGGGGUGGUGGAGCCGAGAAUAUAUUCCAUGUCGGAGGGAUUGACGAUGGCGAGCUACGCGGGACAAAGGCGUGGACCUAUAAGACUUUCACGGGCGGAGGCAGAAGCCCGAUUUCCUGAGGGACUCGGUGAAAAUCCAGAGUCCAGGAAUGCUCUGCAUAUCCUUUGUCAUCCGAUAAUCAGGGCGGAUGGUGAUCUCGCAGGGGUGGUAGAACUGCACAGAGUCAAUGUUGGGACGCCGUUUUAUACGGAGGAUGAAGAAGUGGUGAACAGCUACGUAAUUUGGGGAGGAAUUGCGCUGCAUUACGCGGAACUUAAUGCGGUGAUGAACAAACAAAAGAAACUUAAUGACUUUCUCUUAAACGUCGUAAAGUCAAUUUUUCAAGACAUGGUCUCAAUGGACACUCUUAUCAAGAAGGUGAUGAAUUAUGCUCAGAAACUCGUAGACGCCGAUAGAGCUUCCUUGUUCUUGCUGGAUAAUAAAAACAAAGAGCUUUACGCCCGUCUCUUUGACAUGGGUGGUGGCCAAGACUUGGUCUUGAAUCAGGACGCGAAUACGAAGGAACCUGCCAAAGAGAUUAGAUUCUCAAUCGGAACAGGAAUAGCUGGACAAGUUGCCGCAACAGGUCAAGUCCUAAACAUCUCUGAUGCGUAUGCCGAUGAGCGUUUCAAUCGGGCAGUUGAUCAGGUCACUGGGUAUCAUACCAAAAGUAUACUUUGUAUGCCAGUUUUCAUCCGUGCCACAGUUAUCGGGGUCGUCCAAAUGGUGAACAAGAGGUCGGGAGGUUUUACCAAAGAAGAUGAGGAAGCCUUUCAGACCUUCGCAGUUUACUGUGGUCUUGCCCUUCAUCACGCGAAACUGUACGACAAGAUUCGCCGAUCUGAGCAAAAGUUUAAGGUGGCAUUAGAAGUUCUCUCGUACCACAACACUUGCCACGACAAUGAAUUCAUUACGUUCAAAGCCCAUGGCGUUCCCUCAAAUGUCCUUGGACUGGAUGAUUAUUACUUUGUCUCCAUGUCCGUCGAUGAUAAUCUGAAAGUCCAUUACACGCUCUACAUGUUCAUCGAUCUCUUUGGGCUCAGCCGUUUCGACUCUGAUCACUUGUACAGGUUUGUCCUCACGGUUAGGAAGAACUAUCGGAGAGUGCCAUAUCACAACUGGACACACGGAUUUGCAGUUGCCAACUCGAUGUAUUGCAUCCUCAAAAAGAGUAAUGCAUUCCGACCUUUAGAGUGUUUGGCUCUCUUUGUGGGCUGCUUGUGCCACGAUUUGGAUCAUCGGGGACGAAGUAACAAGUUCAUGUUGGACUCUUCUUCUCCAUUGGCAUCAAUUUACACAACGUCCACCAUGGAGCAUCACCAUUUUAACCAAACGGUCACAAUUCUGCAGCAGGAGGGCCACAACAUAUUCUCAAAGUUGAGUUCGGAAGAGUACAAACAAGCUCUUGGAAACAUAAAGCAUUGCAUUUUAGCCACGGACUUGGCAUUGUUCUUCCCAAACAAGGCGAGACUUUUCGAUUUGGUUCAAAGGGAAGCCUUCUCCUGGACGGUUCCAGAUCACAGACUCCUUAUCGAAGCCAUAGCUAUGACCGCAGCGGAUCUGUGUGCAUCCACGAAGGCGUGGGAUGCACAGGUUGAAACUGUUCGAGUAAUUUUCGAAGAGUUUUAUGAACAAGGCGAUUUGGAGAAGCAAGCAGGGAGAACGCCCAUUCCAAUGAUGGAUCGAGAUAAAAAAGACGAACAAGCUGCGAGCCAGGAGAGAUUGAUGUUCAAGGUGGGAUUUCUUUCUGGCAUCUGCGUCCCCUGUUACUCCCUCUUGGAGAAACUUGUCCCCGAAUCGGAGCCCUUGCUGGCCGGGGUUCAACGCAACUUGGAGCGUUGGACGGAAAUCGCUGCGGAGAAGAAAGCCCUCCGAGAAGCCAGGGAGCUAAAAGAAGCCGAAGAACAGCAGGGAGCACAACCUGUUGUGGAAGCGGGAACGAAGGAAAAUGUGAAGGUGGAGGAAGUAGAGGAAAAAGCAGAACAAGAAAUUCCCACCGUUCUAAUUACCAAUGGACCGAGUACCCCUGACAUAUCUCCAAACUCUUCUCGGCCAGGGUCACGUUCUUCGCAAAAAGCACGAACACAAUCUUCCGAAGAAAAUCAAGAAGGUGGUGAUGACGAUGGUGGCGAUGCGCGAAAUGAUGAUUAUGAGGAUAACGGUGGUGGCGAUGAUGAUGAUGGCGACGGCGACGGCGAAAAAAGUGAGACCGGGAGUGAAAGUAAGAAGAAAGGAAUGACAACGCCUAGGACGUCGACCCCUGUACCUGUUAACGGCAAUUCUUCUAGCGAGAUAACCAACGGUGUUAAAAGCUAAGAGAGAACGAGUAGAUACUUAUUGCGCAUUGUAAUUUGUAAAAUUUUUAUGUGCGGUUGAUACAAAAAAUUAUUUAUGCCAUGACCGUUGUGGUGUAAUUACAAUUGCAUACAUUUAAAAUAAUAAUAAUAAUUAUUAUUAUAAUUGAAUAAUAAUAAUUAUUAUUAUUAUUCAUCCCGAAUUUUUUGUGCAGCUACAAAAUACAUAAAUGAUGCAUAAUAAUUGUGUGUGAUGCAAACGAGUAAAUGUAAUGUCGCUCGACAGAUGUAUUCCAUAUCUUCCAUUUUAUAGGUCAGGAAUUUUUUGCCAAUUUCUGACUUUCACUUUAAGCGGAAACGUGACAUUUCUGAGUUAGCGGAUCAUUAGGUUAGUUUCGUUUUAAGCACCCAGAUACAAAUUACUGUACGUAUGUGCACAUAUUUAAAAUAUAUGUAGAUGUUAAUUCUUUACAAUCACUUUACCCCGUCCAGCUUUUGAUCGUCAUCCUUAUCUUGCAUUAAGAAAGACGCAUAAUGUACAUUGCUGACCAGCAGGAUGAGUUUUGAAUGUGACAAAUAUUGUACAACUAUCUUGAAAAAGGUUUGAAAAGUUGGUGAUAAGUUAAAUAUUAAUAUGUAAAAUGAACUGAAUUUCAAGGAUAAAUAUGUAUGAGCACGUGUGACCAUUCAGCAUGGCACGAUAUUAGCACGUGCAUCAUUAUGACUUCAAAGUACGAACAAAUUAAAGUUUAUAUAGAUAGCAAACUAGACAAGUUUUACGGGUAUAUUGGAAAAUAUUAUUAUAGUUGAGAAAAGUAAUCUUCCUCACAAAAGCAACUUUUUAUUAUUAGUUGAUUCAACAAAGUCUAUUUCGAUUGUUCUCGGGUAUACCUCAAUUUAUGUAGUAACAUAGACACAUAAUUUCAACCUGAAUGAAAAUGUAUGUACGUAUGCAAAUUUAAUGGAAAUAUGAGGACAAAAUAUUUUAAAGGUAAUUACAAAAAAAACACUUCUACUUACAAUUUUAACUAUUUGAUGAUGCUAUUUAUGUUCAACAUUAAAGACUAUAUUAUGCCAAAUUGAA